AUGCCCGGCAUGUCGGCGGCACUCAUGGAUGAGGAGGAAGACCUUCUGCCUCUGGCAACGGGCCGCACAGGCAUGACCCUGGCUGUGGGUGGGCUCAAACUUUCAUCCGGUCGCAAGCGGCACAGCGCCACGGCGGCACCCAGCCAGCUUGCCUCCCACCUCUUGACCCCGCCUUCGCAGCAAAGUCCAGGUGUGCGCUGCAGCUCGAGUCCCCGACCCAACGGGCCACCCAAGCAGCGUGCCAGCGCCCUCCUUGCCGCCCUGUCUGGCUCGGAUGGGGACAGUGACAGCGAUGAGGACUUUGAAGCCCCCAGCUCGGUGACUCCGCUUCUCGUCGCCAAUCAUCGAAACGCCUCCACCACCACACCUGUCGCUCCUCGGCUGCCCCACCCAGAACACAGCUUGGAACACAACCCCCAACGCCCGGCCUCCUUGAAUCAGCGCGCAGAUUCACCCCAAGACCUUUUUCCGGCCCUGCGCCCGCUGCGAGCCCGUUCGGCUAAUAGCCCUGCACCCCAUGCCUCUCCUCGUACGAUCGAAUCCAACACCCUGGCCGAUGAUCAGCUUGCAGCAGCCCUCGAGGCCUUUGAGGGAAAUUCCCGAGCUAUCCCUGACCCGGCUGAGCCAACAGAUGAAGGGCUCCCCCAGAAACCAACCCACCCCACCACCUCUACAACUUCCUCUGCCUCCUCCAUCAGCUCCGUCAAGACACCCCCUCAGACCACGCCGCCCGCCGAGCCCAUCGUGCCUGCCACUGAUGCCGACAGAGAUGUCGCUGGUCACACCUUUCUGGACCGAUUGAUCUCUUUGCUUUUGGAUCACAUUGACCCGGCUCAAGACACGGCCCUCACGCGGCGGCUCAACGAGCUGCGCUCUGGGCACGGCCUUGACCUGGCUCAGCAUGAAUUUUCGACGCUGCAACACGCUGAUCGUGUCCUCUAUCAACGCCGACACGCCCGCCCAGGCCCCAUCAACGACAAGCGUAGCACAAUUUCCCCACUCGCCCUCGAUCACCCUAGUCCUGCCCGGCAACCCUGGUCUUCACACUCCAACCUAGCAGCAGUCGGGCCCGCCCUCGACGAUUCUGCCGCCCCGCCAGCCAAGCGAGCUGCACGCACCACCAUCUUAGAUACGGCCGGGCUUCUCAGCGACCUGGAUGACGACGACCUGGACGAUGCCCCCAGCCAAGUGGUGACACAUGGCGAUGCGCGCCGGCCACCGCCUGCCAACCUUUUGAAGACUGACAGCCUUUCUAGCCUUGACGGGUCGCUCACUCAUAACGCUCAUCACCCGGACCCAGCGUGGAACGACAUACACCCCGAGCAAAACGAAUCCGAUGGGGAGAGUGGGAGCGUGGUUUUUGUGGAUAGCCCAUCACCUCAAAAGCCAGUGCGGCGCCCUAGUUGGACUGAGUGGGAUGAUGCCAUGGAUGACGUAGACGACACGAAUCGCAACCACCAGGCCGUGCCGGAAGAUUUGGAUGAAAUUAUGAAUGAUGAUGAGGACGGCUACAACGAUGGCGGCUUGCUUGUGGAUGAUGACGAUAUUGAACAGUCCGGGGCCAUGGACGUGGAGGCUGACCGCACCUCUGAUGUACGCGCGCGGAUGGACCAUGGUCAUGGCACCGGAAGGGGCUUCAGCAGCACCGUGCUACCUACGAAUAACAAAGACUUGGUACCCGGGCCUCCUGCCAACCCCCAUGCCGGCAAGCGCUUUGCCAGCUUUUUGCCCGAAGGGGUUUCCACUCAUCCAGAUCUAUGCAGUUUUGAAUUUGAGCACAGCAUCGAGCUUCUCAAGGCCUUCAAGCAGCGCUUUGGCCUCCAUCGAUUUCGUCCGCAUCAGCUCGAGGCCGUUAAUGCCGCCCUCCUAGGCCAGGAUUGCUUUGUGCUGAUGCCCACGGGCGGUGGCAAGUCUCUUUGUUAUCAGCUUCCUGCCGUCACAUCACGCGGGGUUACGGUCGUCAUCUCGCCCCUCAUCUCCCUCAUUCAAGAUCAGGUGGCUGGUCUACAAGCCCUGGGCAUCCGAGUGCUGUUUUUGUCAUCGACGCAGUCACGCGCUGAACAAAACGAGGUGCAUCGACAACUUUGCGCUGAUGCAGUCCAGGACGACUUGUUAUACAUUACACCGGAACGUCUCAAGAGCUCAAUGAUGCGGCAAACAUUCGAGUCGUUACACGCGCGGGGCUUGUUGGCGCGUUUUGUCAUCGAUGAAGCCCACUGCGUGAGCCAGUGGGGCCACGAUUUUCGUCCCGAUUACAAAGAGCUGCAGAUUGUUCGACAGUGGUUUCCCCGUGUGCCCCUCAUGGCACUGACGGCCACCGCCACUCCGCGCGUCAAGGAGGACGUGUUGAACAUCUUGGGCAUGCAGCGGGCCGUCACGUUUCAGAGCUCGUUCAACCGCACGAAUCUCUUCUACGAAGUUCGCCCCAAGAAAAAGAGUCUUUUCGCAGACAUAGCUGCCAUCGUUGCCAAGAAUCGCGGCUCUUCUGGCAUUGUGUACUGCAUGUCACGUCGAGAUGCCGAGACCACUGCCUUGGAUCUACAGCGCCGGGGUAUCAAAGCCUUGGCUUACCACGCAGGCCUGGAUCCCGGCCUCCGUAGUGAGGUGCAAGAUGUAUGGGCCCGCAGUCGUGCCGACAUCAUUUGCGCCACGAUUGCCUUUGGAAUGGGCAUCGACAAGCCUGACGUGCGAUAUGUCAUCCACGCCACGCUGCCCAAGUCGAUGGAAGGCUACUAUCAGGAGGCGGGUCGUGCUGGCCGUGACGGUCAACCGGCCCAGUGUAUUCUUUUCUAUACGUUUGCUGACAAGGCGCGCCACGAGUUUAUGAUCAACAAAAGCGACGGCGAUUGGCGUCAGCGCGAGCAGCACCGUUUUUUUCUCUCCCUCUCUCUCUCUCUCUCUCUUUCUCUCUUGCUAUUUUUCUUUCUCUCUUGCUUCGUGGUGGAGGUGCAGAUUGAGGUUGCGCUCACGCUUCACUUUGCACUAGGAAUAAUCUCAAACUGUCGCCGCAAACAACAAUUGGCCUACUUUGACGAACAAUUUGACGCUCGCGAUUGCAACGACAAUUGUGAUGUCUGUAAGAAGGGCUUGGUCUUUGAAGAGAAGGAUGUGACCACGCACGCCAAGAGCCUGGCCAAGCUCGUGGAGCAUGGCAACCCAGAUGGCCGAACACCCAUCACAUUGAUCAUGGUGAUGGACGCUUUUCGUGGCUCUCGCAGCAAGCGCAUCGUUGAGACGGGCUUGGUGAACCAUGAGCUCCAUGGACAGGGUGCCGGCUUGAGCCGCACCGACGUUGAGCGUCUCGCACGCAAGCUCGUGCUGGAGGGUUAUCUGGAAGAGUUCCACGUAGAUACGGCUUAUGGCACCAACACGUACGUGCGGCUGAGUCGAAGCAAGGCCGGAAGCUUGCUUGGUGGACGCGUCAGAAUUAUGCUGUCCAUGGAGGGCCGCAAGGCGAAGAAGACGGCAGAAGCCCACCAGGACAAAUCGGAGAUUGCCGUGGCCGCUGAACUGGCCAGCCAGCCGCAGAAUCUACCUUUGCUCACCGCAUUGAAGGAGCUGGUGCUUGAGCUGGCCGGUGACUCGACCAAGACGCGGUCCGUGUUCACAACCCACCAGCUCAACCUGAUGACUGUGGCUCGACCCCUGACCUUGAACGAAUUUCGGCAGUGCGAGGGUGUCACGCAAGCCAAAGUCAAGACCUUUGGCACGCGUUUCAUUCACCUCAUUCGCAAACACACGCCCAACGGCAAGCGCGAAAUUUCGAUUCCCCUGGUUUCCCCGCAUUUUGGCGCCUCGGAUGAGCUGGAUGACUUUGAGUUUGCAUCUCGCCGCACAUCUUCGUCGACGGCAACAAAGCCCCGCUCUGGAGGCGGCAAAGCCAGCAAGUCGAGCAAAGCCUCCGAAAGGGCCAGCAAGACGACAAGCGGGAAGAGCACCAAGACUGGCUCGACCAAGCGAUCCUCUAGUGGCGGCCGCCCAGCUUUGCCAGCAGGGCUUAGCCGGUCUGGCUCAAACUCCCACACAACGGGCUCGACUGCCAGCACGGCAAGUCGUGGAACCGUCGGCAAUUGCAAAGCCUACCUGGACGAGCAUUGCACUCUAGAUGAAAACAACCAUUACUUGUGCUCUACUGCCAAAACGGCCCCAACGCCUCAGGGCGUGCCCCCGAACAUUAUCAAACUCACGCUGAUCGAAAGCAGCUUCACCCGACUCUACUUGAGCGUCACCACCUUCCCAACCAACGUCAUCAACCUCGAGCUCGUUUCCUACGACUCUGUGGACAUGGAUGCAGACUUUAUGGAGCAACAGAAAAUUUAUCGUUUCCUGGUUCGCAAAACACCCUACACUGGAAUACCGAGCUUCCGCUCCAGCGCGCUCCUCGAACUCGGCUUGGCGCCGCUCUCCAGCGACGAGAGCUAUAGCAUAAACUACUUUGCAUCCAAUUUGCCCAGCCUAACCUGGCUGCAACUGCGCUUCGAGACCAUUGCCCCUGCGCCAUUGGGUUGGGAGAGCACCGUGAGCAAACCGUUUCCCGCCAUCCAAACGCUCUCGCUUUUUGUCAAAGAUGCCGAACAUGUCAAACUCCUCAAUAUCUCGCAAUGGAGUCCCAUGAGUCUGGACCUGGGCAUGCCCUCGCUCUCGCGGCUCCAGUAUGACAUGUUGCCGCAGCGCCAGAGCCUGGUGGACGCCAAAUUUGCCUCCUUGUACCUCGACUAUGUUGAUUACGACACCUUUCCUCUUGCCCUCAACUUUUCGGCCCUGCGCAUUUUGGGUCGCACAUUGGGCCCAGCCAACAAACACCUUUUCCGGCAGGCCAUCAGCUUUGGUGCCGUCUAUGGCACAUCGUGCCUCUCAACCUAUACCGACAAUACCCGGUCCUUGGUGCCGCGCAUGGAGUGCACGUGUACGGGCGAACCCCCUUUCCAAAACGCCACCCAUUGUCCCCACGUCCCACCCUUUGCCUGCCUGCACUCCUCACAUCAGAUUUUAGCGACUCAGUUGUGUGAUGGCGUCGCUGAUUGCCCGGACGGAGAAGAUGAGCAACACUGUUCGGCGGUAAUGAGUGCGCGCUUUGCGUCCUACGGCUCCAGCCCUGGAUCCAUUUUUGAUGUAUGCACCAACAUUAAUAUCGUCAUCAGCCACGGCACGCUUGCCAGCAUACCUCGAAAGACUGGUGGAUGCGGGGAGUAUCAUGGCGUUUAUCGUGGCCGAAACAGCCUGGAGAUCACCUUUGCAGCCACCACCAUGCAAAUGCUGGCCAACGUCUCAGACGGUACCUUUCUGACCGGCGCUCGGUUUGGAUUUGGCUUUGAGGACAACUUAAACGGGGAAUACAUUUCUCAAAUUGGCCUGCUCUUCUUUCAAGAGGGUUCCAUCUGGCCCAUCACCAAUCCCAUCUAUCGGAACAAUAUAACGUCAACCUCUGUCACCUUUGACGAGUUUCAAAAGCUAUGGGAUGCCGCCCACCAGGGAACGGGCGGAACCACGCUCACGCCUUUAACUGAUCCGCGUGGCAAGGGCUCUCCAGUUGACGCUGCUUCGGGUUCAGAUGCUUCCGUCACGGCGCUUGCCAUUGGUAUCACCUUGGCGUGCACCGGCGCCCUCUUACUUGGUCUGGCGGCUAUCUGGCGCCUUCGCCGACGAAGAGCCCUGGUCAAGGCUAGCAAUGACCUCAGUGAUCAAUGGCAAUCCUUACUCGACCAAACGUCACUCAAUAAUGCUGGUCUCAGCACAUCCAGUCACAGCUUGCUUUCGCUCAUUCCCAGCACGGACUUGAUGAUCGAAGAGCAGCUGGGCCAUGGUAAUUUCGGCACCAUUCACAGGGGCUACUGGAUUGCGCAAGGCCAGCGGCAGGUAGUGGCCAUCAAGCAUGUACACACGCAGGGUCUAGAGAAUGGGAAGCGUGCCAUCUUGCGCGAAUGCCAGUUACUAAACGUGGUCGGGGACCAUGAGCACAUUGUUCGCAUAUUUGGCAUCGUCAUGAGCCCGCUUGAGCGUGACGAGCUGAGUUUUGUGAUGGAAUUUGCUCCUCACGGUGACAUGAAGCGAUAUCUAAGUUUGCACGGAUCUGAUCUGGAGCUGGAUCAGCUGCUGGAUGCUGGCCGCCAAGUUGCAGAGGCCCUUGCGUUUAUAUCAUCGCAAGGUUUUGUGCACCGUGACGUGGCUGCCCGUAAUGUGCUCGUGUUCACAGAGCAGCCUUCACUCCAGGUCAAGAUAACAGAUUUCGGCUUGGCCAGAGUUUUGUCACAGCACCAAGACUACUAUCGCAGCAUGAGCAACGAGGAGUUGGCCUUUCGAUGGAUGGCUCCGGAGGCGAUUACGCACCGAAAGUUUACUCAGCAAUCAGACGUCUGGAGCUUUGGCAUGAUGCUAUAUGAGUUUGUUACUCGAGGCGAUGUUCCUUUUGGCAAGAUGGAGCAUGGAGGCAUCUUGCUCGCCAUCCGCCGAGGUCUGACACCCGAGCUGCCUCGCGACGUCCCGGCGGACAUUGUCCGGUUGUGUCAGGCCACCUGGACAAAGACGCCGGAGGAAAGGCCCACCUUUGAUAUACUGGCCGAUAUGCUGGCCCAACACGCAGCAACUGAGACUACGCUGUAA